GGGUGAGGCCAGCUGGGUAGAGGGUGUAGCCAAAGAAGGGAGAGGGCCGAGGACAGCUCCUGGGCUCGCCAGCAUUUAUCGAGCCCGAGAAGGAUGGCCGGGGGGAGGGGAGAAACAGGAGUGGGUGUCCUCAGAGACACAAACUUUAAAUGGAAGGCGUGGUACUGAGAGGUCAGUAGAAGAGCAAGUUAAAAAUCCAGUGGUCAAGGGAAGUGCCCAUUAGAUUAGUCAAGAUGCUGCCCUUGGGAGCGGAGAGCAUCACCACGUACACGUUCAACACUCACAAGGCGCAGCAUACCUUCUGCAAGAGAUGUGGGGUCCAGAGUUUCUACACCCCCCGCUCCAACCCCGGGGGCUUUGGAAUCGCCCCACACUGUCUGGAUGAGGGCACUGUGCGGAGUAUGGUCAUCGAGGAAUUCAAUGGCAGCGAUUGGGAGAAAGCCAUGAAGGAGCACAAGACCAUCAAGAACAUGUCUAAAGAGUGAGCGCCCGCUCUCUCCCUUUCUGGAAAGGAGGAACGAUGGGGCCAGCAGCGUGGCUGCCCCCCUCUGCACUUGGUGGUGCCGGCGAGCGUGGCUGCCCCAGGCUGCCGGGCUCAGGCCGGCCACCAGCUCCAGCUCUGCCCUUGACUCCAGCUACAUUUCCUUAGGCAGCUCUUUGUCCUCCAUCAGCCUGGACUUCGAUGUAGACUAGUUGACAUCCUCUUUCUCUUCCCAACUUUUGUGUGAUCUUUUAGAAAAAUAAAUAUUUUAAUAUUAAAGCA